CUUUUUUCGGGUUUUCUUCUUCUCGGUCUAUUUGGAGUCUUCCAUCUCUGUCAAUUCCUGCAAAGUGUCUAAUCAAGCACGUGAGACUGCGCGCUAAUGACGGUGCACAUUUGGAGAGCCGCACAUCACCCACGCAUACUGAGGUUGAACCACCGACUCGGAAAUGUCAGAUUUAUAGCUACCGAUUCACGAGACCGGCUAUCAAAAUUCUGGACUCCCACGGGUGGAAUUUCCCCCCAAGAUGGCGACCAAGAUGAAUCCCACGCCCUGCUGAUAAGAGGCGGUUUCCUCCGCCAGGCACACUCAGGAGUCUUCCACCUACUUCCCCUUGGCCUCCGCGUGCAGAACAAACUCGAAGCCUUGAUCGACAAACACAUGCACUCCAUCGCCGCCUCAAAAGUCUCUCUUUCCACUCUCACCACCGAAGCCCUCUGGCGUCAAUCAGGCCGGUACUCCACUAACUCGGAACUCCUACGCGUUAACGACAGGAAAGAAUCGGGCUUCCUCCUCUCCCCCACUCACGAGGAGGAGAUCACUUCCCUAGUGUCAGGCAUGGUACAUUCGUACAAAGACCUACCGCUCAGAUUGUACCAAGUAGGCAGGAAGUACCGAGACGAACGACGACCGCGGCAAGGCCUCCUCCGCGCCAAAGAGUUCCUGAUGAAAGAUCUCUACACAUUCGACUACUCACCCGACGCCGCACUAAGCACAUACGAAGAAGUCCGCCAGGCAUACAACAACCUCUUCUCCGAACUCAACCUGCCGUAUCUAGUCGCCGACGCAGACUCCGGGAACAUGGGCGGCAAGCUAAGCCACGAGUACCACUUCGUCUCCACAAAAGGGGAAGACAACAUCUGGAGCUGCACAGCCUGCACCUACAUCGCCAACGAGGAGCUCGUCGAGAAGAAGCCCACGCAGCCCCCUCCCGGCACCCCCGAGCAGCUAAUCUUCACAGGCAUCAGCCUCGACCGCAGCACAGCAAUCCAGAUCCACGUGCCCCGCCCCCCAUCCUGCUCCACCACCACACCCCCCGGCCGCACAUCCUGGGCCCUCGCAGCAACCCACACAAACCUCCACGCGGUGAAGCGCGCGCUCCCCUCCCCCAUCACACUAGACACCGGCAUCGAGCCCAGCACCCUCACCCCCCUCCUCGAAAAAACAUCCCGCACUAUCGUCCUCUGCGACCGCGCACUAACUCCCACUUCCCUCGCCGGCGUGGACCUCACGCCCACGGUCCCGGGCUCCCCGUGCCCGAACUGCGCAGCCGGCACCCUCAAAGUCCAGAAAGCGAUUGAAGUCGCCCACACGUUCCACCUCGGCACGCGGUACAGCGCGCCGCUCAACGCGAUCGUCGCGGGGCCAAACAGCCAGGCCAAGGAGGCGCUGCAGAUGGGGUGCCAUGGGAUAGGUGUAUCGCGCCUCAUUGGCGCGGUGGCAUCGCUGCUGGCGGAUGAGCGGGGACUGCAAUGGCCGCGCGUUGUCGCGCCGUGGGAAGCAGCGGUUUUGACGGCGCCGCAGACUGCUGACGCCGAGGCCGCGGAGGUGUAUGAUGUGUUGCGUGGUGUGGGUGGCGCGUCUACCGGGAUCAGCGGCGGGAGUGAGGGGUCUGCAGCGAUCGAUGUCGUGCUCGAUGAUCGCCCGGAUAAGAGCCUGGGGUGGAAACUGCGCGAUGCAGAUCUUAUCGGGUACCCGGUCCUUGUCGUGCUGGGGCGGGGGUGGAAGGAUAGGCGGGAAGUGGAAGUUCAGUGUCGGCGGCUGGGGGUGAAGAGGGAUGUUGGGCUUGGGGAGUUGAGGGGGGAGGUGGUGGGGUUGUUGGCGCGGUUGUAA